GGUUUUUUUUUUUUUUUUUUGUAUUUUAAGACUUUCGUGACUGUUUAUCUAUUUUGGUAACUUAUAACUUUGUUACGGCUGUGGCGGAAAUAUCGAGUGGUAGGGAAACACCAGCGGACCGUAAUGUUGGCCGGACCGGCGUGUCGAGCACAUUUCAAUGUAGCACCGGCUGUUUCCAUGUGAGCGAGAUGCCGCGACUGUACGUGGGCGGCUUGAGCCACACGGUCACCCAGAAGGACCUGACGGAUCGCUUCGGGAAGUUUGGACACGUGGAGGACGUGGAACUCCGGACCAGACGAGAUGACGAGGGUGUUCCCUACAAAACCUUUGCUUACAUCAACCUAGACAUUUCUGACAAAGACUUGAACAAGUGCAUGACAGUGUUGAACAAAUCCAAAUGGAAAGGAGGAACUCUGCAGAUUGAACUUGCGAAGGAGAGUCUCCUGAACAAGCUGGCCCGGGAGAGGCAAGCGGAGCAGCAGCAUCCCCGUCAAGACGCAGACGACAAACAACAAAACUCGGACAAGCUGCUGGAGUCUCUCAGCAAAGCCGGCGUGGACAACUUCACCAUGAAGGCGGCUGUGCCGGGCACGGAAAUACCGGGGCACAAGAACUGGGUGGUUAGCAAAUUUGGCCGCGUGCUGCCGGUCAUGCAGCUGCGCUGUCACAAAGGCAACAAAGCUCGCACCGUCAAGUACGACCCGUCUAAGUACAGCCACAACAUCCGCCGCUUGGCCCCCCCCACCGACGGCGGUGACGCCCCCACCCCCGUGGCCCAGCUCACCUGGCGGGUCGACGGCGGAGAUAACGACAUCAGCAAGAAGAGGCGUGGAGAGUUCCCGCCGUAUCAGCCCCCAAAGCCAAAGAAGACUCGUGCAGAUGUUGCCAAAUCCCUCCAAGAUAUGAACGACGCCAGACCGAAACAGGUUUUCAUCGCCGCUAAGCCGGAGAGUCAUCAGCUGACGCACGGAUUCAGACCGGCAAACAAUCAACGGCAAGCUCAGAGGAGAGGACGCGGACUUUACGAGGAGAGCGACGUGGACUCGGACGAGGAGAUGCGGCGGCUGGUGGCGCUUGAGCGGCCUUCCUACGACGCACCGGGCCAGGACGCGGAAGAAGACCACCUGGAAGUGGUGGGGGACGACUUCUUGGUCGCGGCUGGAGACUCCUGGCAGAAGCGUGGCGGAAGACCAACGAACAACGAAGACGAGCAGGAGUACGACUCCGCUGACACGGAUGAACUCUUCGCUUCAAGGAAACAUCCUCUUCCUCCUCUGGAGUGCAACUCUGGCGGAAGGACGGGAAAGGAGAAGAGGAACAGAGAAGAGCGGGUUGCGAAGAAGAAGAAAACUGCUCUCCUUUCCAAGGAGGAAGCGCAGGAGGACUCGAUGGACACGGGGGAAAUUUCCACUUCCUGGAAACCUUCUCCUCCUCAUCAGGAGAACAUCUCGGAAGAAAGGACAGGAAUGGACGAGAGGGCGAAGGACUCAACUAUUCUUGCCGAAGAAGACGAGGAGGAGGAGGAGGAGGAAGACGAGCACGUCGACUCUGCCGAUUCCGACUACGAGGCCAUGUUCUCCAACGUCACCCGUCUGGAAAUCUCCAUGGCCGACCUCCAGAAGCUGGCAGAGGAAUCCCGGCAAACCUCCGAGGAGCGAGCGCCCCGUGGUCCCAAAGUCCCGGCGGCACGCGUCCCCAAGAAAGGAACCGUGCCCGAGGACAUCCUGGCCUCGCUGCUGGGGGGCCGCGACAUCAAAUGGUGGGACGAACCACAUCCCAACAAGGCGACAAAUAAAGGGAAAAAGGUCACCGCCACAACGCUUCCCCCAUUUCGGGGCAGCGGAAUGCUCGACGAGGAGGCGCUGAGUGAAACGGACGCUCCUGAGAAAAAUGAGGCAGGAGAGGAGCCGUCGGAGGGUUCUUUGUCGUCCUCCUCGUCAGGGGAGGAGGAAACGACACCCGUCGAUGCGGCGCGGCGCCCGAAGCUGAGCGCCCAGGAGGAAGAGGAGCGGCAGAGGAAGGACAACGCGAGGAGACUGGCUGCCGUCCAGCAGAGGCUGAAGGAGGCGCAGGAGCACAAGAAGCUCAUCCAGGGGGCGCUAGCCAACGUGGACGCUGUGACUGCGAGAACAGGAAAACACAUUGUUUUUGAUUCAGACGAUGAGCAGACGACUGUCGCCAACUCCAAGAUUCCUCUGGGCCGGGACCUGCGAUCGGAGUCCGACGACGAGGCGGCAGCCGAUGACGGCGUCCCGACUAAAGAUGAGGAGCGGGAAAAGGCGUCAGCCCCUCGGCUUUUCGACAGCAGCGAAGAUGAGGAUGACGAAGAGGAAGAUGGCGACAGGUUCGACAUCAGGCCUCAGUUUGAAGGACGAGCCGGACAGAAGCUGAUGGAGCUGCAGUCUCGCUUCGGCGCGGACGAACGUUUCCGGAUGGACUCUCGCUUCCUGGAGGAGGAAGAAAAGGACGACGGGGAGGGAGAGGAAGGGACGAGCGUGGCGGUGGAUGAGGACGUUCUGCAGGAGGAGAAGAAAAGGAACAUGUCCAUCGUGGAGGAACUCCUGGGACCGCAACGCAACAGCGGAAGGACCGCCGCCAAGACCAAAACCUUCAGAGACGUGUCGGCGCUGCACUACGACCCCAGCAAAGAAGAACACGCCGCCUUUGAACGCAAAGUGGACGGCGACCAGGACAGCAAGUCAACCCGACGGAAGAAGCGCGAGGAGGCUCAGAAGCUUCCGGAGGUUUCCAAGGAGAUCUUCUACGACGUGUCGGGCGACCUGAAGGCCAUGUUCGGACCCGACGGCGACAGCCACCGGCGGGCCGCGGACCUGCCCGAGACCUGCUGGGACCGGGACGACCAAGACAAGGAUGAAGAGCGGCCCGAGGCGGAACAACAAACCGGCUUCGUCUUCUCCUUCUUUGGCGACGAAAUCCAGACAGCCAGUCAACACGCGGAGUACAAGGCGGAGAGCAUCCGGGCCGCUCAGGUGUUGCCGUGGCAACAAGACACCCGGCUUCAAGACAGCAGCGAGGACGAGGAGGAGGAAGACGAGGGAGGAGAGGUGGAAAGCAACAACGCGGCGCCUCAAAAUACAACAGAGCAACUUGUUCCUUCCACCAACAAUUUCUUCUUCUUCCGCCUUGAUGACACCAGAUUGACAGAGGGUCCCCGCUGGUUCCGUCGUUCGUGCCAGCUGGAGGCCGGGCGGCACGAGUGGGACGAGAGGAGGACGGCGCUCAGACAGGAGUACCGCAAGAAACACAAGGACGCCCGCAGGAAGUUGAAAUCCCCAAAGACUUGAUCGCGUUCAACCUCACACAAACAGAAAAAUCUGCACACAGAGCAUAAUAAUGUCUUUUCGAGAGCCUGGUAUGAAAAUGAAACGUGAUAUCAGUCCAACAAGACAUGGAUGGACAUUAAUGUAUCAUCUCUUUGGCAUUUAUUUAGCCAAUUGAGGUCUUCCACAUGUCAUCACAGUUUUUCUUUGUACCUUCAACCAUCUUUUCGGAGAUCAUGUCAAAUAAAAUUUGUAUGUUCGCUUGUUUCUACA